UCUUGCUGGGAGAAAAAGUUGGUAAAAAGAAGAAGAAGAAGAGUUUUUGGGGAAAAAUGAGAAAAUUGUGGCUUUAAUUUGUGUUUUCGCGUAAUUUAGCUGUAUCGUCGCGUUGCCAAGUGUGUACUGCUGUGAAUGGAAGUGUUUGCUGGUGCGUGCAAUUGUGUUUAGGUGUGAGAAAAUGUUUUGACCAUCUCGCUGGGGGGAUAAGUCGGAUGCCGCCACUGAUUUUGCCUUCGGAAGCAAAGCAGGGCCCCCAAGUCUUGGAGCAUCGCGCACCCAUCACGGUGGCGACGACAAUGGCGGCUGAGCUGGGGCCACCCAGCAAUUCAGUGCUGUGGACCGCAGUCUUUGACUACGAUGCCCAGGGUGAAGAUGAACUGUCACUGCGUCGUGGCCAGAUUGUCUACGUGCUAUCCAAGGACAGCAACAUAUCCGGAGAUGAGGGCUGGUGGACGGGCAAGAUUGGCGGUAAAGUGGGUAUCUUUCCGUCCAAUUUUGUCACGGAUAGCGAUCCCCUCCUGCCCAGUGCCAUGAUUGGCAACAUCCAACCCGAGGAGAUUGGGUACCACGAAUUGGAGCUCAAGGAAGUUAUCGGGGUGGGUGGAUUUGGGAAAGUGCAUCGUGCCUACUGGGGGCAUGAAGAAGUUGCCGUCAAGGCAGCCCGUCGGGGACCCGAUGAGGACAUUGAACUUGCAAGGAAGAAUGUCCUGCAGGAGGCAAAGCUCUUCUGGUCACUUAAGCAUGAGAACAUCGUCUCCCUCAGGGGGGUUUGUCUCAAAGAGCCCAAGCUGUGUCUUGUGAUGGAAUUUGCUCGUGGUGGCUCACUCAAUCGCAUCCUGGCUGGCAGGAAGAUUCCACCGGAUGUCCUCGUUGACUGGGCCAUCCAGAUUGCACGCGGAAUGAACUAUCUCCACAACAUGGCCCCCAUCUCUGUUAUCCACCGUGAUCUCAAGAGCUCAAAUGUGCUCAUUAGCGAGGCAAUCGAAGGCGAUAAUCUCCACAACAAAACACUGAAAAUCACAGACUUUGGGCUUGCCCGUGAAGUUUACAAGACAACAAGAAUGUCUGCAGCUGGAACUUAUGCUUGGAUGCCACCUGAAGUCAUUAAAUGCGGCACGUAUUCAAAGGCGUCAGAUGUUUGGAGCUACGGUGUACUCCUGUGGGAAUUGCUCACUGGGGAGACACCCUAUAAAGGAUUUGAUUCCCUCUCGGUAGCCUAUGGUGUUGCUGUUAACACCCUAGCUCUGCCAAUACCCAAAACAUGCCCAGAAGCUUGGGGGAAACUCAUGAAAAGUUGUUGGGAGUGUGAUCCCCACAAUCGACCGUCUUUCAAGGAGAUUCUGAGAGAAUUGGAUGUAAUUGUGCGUUCGGGUUUCACGCAAACACCUCACGAGUCCUUCCACACGAUGCAAGAUGGAUGGAAGAAGGAAAUUGCUGAAGUUCUCCAGGAAUUGCGCAAAAAAGAAAAGGAAUUGCGGUGCAAAGAGGAGGAAUUAACACGAGUUCAGCUUCAGCAGAGGAUACAGGAGGAGAAUUUGCAGAAACGAGAGCAAGAACUUCAAGCACGUGAAUUGGAGCUGCUCGAGAGAGAGAUUAAUGUCAUGAUUUCCCAAAAUACGCCAACUCCGAAGAAAAGACGAGGAAAAUUCAGUAAAAGUCGCUUAAAGCUUCUGAAACGUGAACCAGGACAAAUAUCUUUCCCUCUGGACUUUCGACAUACGAUCACAGUUCAGCAUACGGCACUCAGGGAGGAGAGCCGUCUGAGAACGGAUACCCCACCUGGGUCACCUUCAAUCUCGAGACUGAGAGCCAUAGCACACCCAUCUGAUGUGAUCAAGGGGAAAACCUGGGGUCCAUCGACCCUACAUCAGCGUGAACGAGGCCAUUUGCCAGCUGUGCGUUCAACGGCAUGGACACCGGCAAAAAUCAGUAAGAGUGCCCCAAAUUUGGAUAAAUCCCGCACGGCAAUGACAUCACUGGCUGUUGCGCAGACCCCAUCGCGGAAUGAUAUCUUAGAUUUCGGCCAGGACGAAUGGGUGGGUAGAUCUGAGAGUCCAAUACACCAUGGACGUCUCGGGAUACCAAUGCCGACGCUCUACAAUACAACAGAGGGCACGAGGAAGCCAAAGUUGAGUAUUGUUGAGAUCAUGAUGUACAAUAUGGCAUCAAUGCUCGCGGGAGUUGCAGCUGGGUACGACGUGAGGAUGUCAAAUGUUUCCCCGCUGCAUCCCAGAUUGCAGCAACAGUUGAUUUCCGGUGAGCAAGAAGAGGAGCAGUGUCCCGUUGAGAGUGAAUUUGUUAGUCCUGAUCGAGGAUAUGCUCACAACACCUACCACGGGCAUACGAGGCAUCUAAGGCCCAACUUGUCGAACCUCGGGAUGCCCGAUGAGAAGCCCAUGCGUUUUACAGACACAUCCCAGCACUACUUGGGCUCAACAAUGUCCACCACAAGUGGUCUGGGUUCGAAUUACACGACAAACACGUCGGGAUUGAGUUCAUCAAUAAGUGGUAGUACCCAACCACCAACCCCAUCGCCCAGGAGAAAGUGUAGCACAUCAUCAUUCACGGAAUGUACGGAAUUGCAGGAGGAGCGUGACAACAGAGCACCAAUUUACGUUCCAGGAGACUACUAUGCAGCAGCUCAGCAGGUAAAUCUUCACGGGGAGGGGAGUGCCUACUUCGGGUCCACCUACACACCAUAUCGUCCUGAAGUUAAUUUAGGCUACGAAAGAGAUUACAAAGGGGCAACGUAUGGUUACCCUGAAAUCCCCAUAUACGAUUCGGCGUACCAUGAAUUUGCCUACGAGGCAGCCCGAGCACCAAGAGUCCCACAAAUGGGGAUCAGUGCUGCGGGACACCGGAGAACACCCUCCAAUAUCUCUUCCACAUCGUCAAGUAAUGUAAAUCCCGGGUUUCGCCUUGAAAACGAUGAGAUUGCAUCGUUGUACAAUUUGGGCAGUUUAUCUGUGUCCACAACGCCAAAUCACUCACGCAGUCGAGAGUAUGAAAAUGUGCCAUUGUAUGCCAUGCGGCAUCCCCCCGUUGUCCCAAUGCCAUCCCCAGAAAUUUCAGUUACACGCCCCAAUAGUUUGGGCUUCGAACACGGCAGCCAGGCAAAGUUGCGAUCGAGUCUAAAGAAGUACGGGGCUGCGGGACAGAAGGCAGGUGGAUCAGGUGGGGGUACACCGACAAAUCCAACCCCGCCAGAUAGUUUAACGAGUGACGAUAGCUCGUAUUUGAGUGCCAAGGACGGUGGAUCCUCGUCGAUUUCUUCACAGAGUCGUGUGCGGUUUAGUCCGGAAAUUUCUCUCGAUAUGCCCUCGCAGGGCCAAACCAUGGAUGGCACAGUGCCCCUCCAGGCAUCGCGACGUCUCCAGAGGCGCUACAACACGAGUGAUUCGGCAUCCUAGCGACAGACAUUUACGUGGACACCACGAAGAAGGGCCAAAUCGGCUCAGUUGAAUUGAAAAUUCUCCCUUUGAUCCAUUCUCAAAGUUCUCAAAUCAUUCCUAACUAAUUCCUUCACCUAAAACCCCUAAAACCGAUCGAAUUUUAUUAAGUUUUAUUUUUUUUUCUACACCAAUAAGCUGCGUGUAGGAGGAUCUUUUAUUUUUCCCUGAGUUGAGGCUCCUUUGCAUUUGAAUGACAAUAGAAGGAACAGAAAAAAUUUGCAUCCUGAAAAGCCAAUAAAUUGGUCAAUAAAUUCAAUUCGUUAAUUUCAAUUUGUAUGAAUUGAAAUUGAAUUUUUAUAGAUUUUAAUAUUUUCCUGACUUCAAAAAUUAUCUUAAGAACGAAAAGGAUUUGAUUUAAUAACGUAUAUAACGUUCAUCAUGGAAUAAUUCAUAACUUUCGUAAUUUUUUUAGAGCAUAAAAAAUAAUUCAGAACUUGCCAAGAAGACUUUCCAUUUUCAGCCGUCUUCAAAACAGGAACAAUCUUCAGAGUUUUGCCCACGAAUUCUAUUAAUUAUUGCAUUUUUGUCGCUUUUAAUGCAUUUAUUGCAUCACGCAAUAAUCAUUGCAAUAAUCACGCUAGUGUUUCAUCUAUGUAUCUUCCCAAGAUGUAAUGAUGAAACAUCUUUGAGCAUAUUUCUCAAAUUUUAACAUUUUUUAAGAGCUUUAAGAGUCAUAAGUAAGUUCCAAAAAUUAUUUUCCAGCGGAUUCUCUAGAUUCCAAUCGUGGUUUAACCCUUUAACGUUUUUUGGGUCAUACGCUGACCCAAACGUGAAACAUUUUAUUUUAUCAAUUAUUUAUUAAUGUAAUUGUUUUUCCAUGUUACAAAUGCAUCAAAUUCACGCAUAAGGGGUCAAAGAAGACGUUCUGACUGAGAAAAGUCCUCUAAAAAAAUUCAUAGAAUAAAAAUCGCGAUAAAAGAGCGCAUAUUUCAAUGUUUUUAUGUUUCACGUUGGACGCUAAAGGGUUAAAUUGAAAUGUAAAAAAGAACUUUUCAAAGUUCGUUAACGAAACAUCAGCGCAAAUGUUUCUCACUUCAAACUGAAAUCUUGAUGAAGAAAAAAGGAAAACCUGAGAAAAAAAAAGAAUCAGAAUAAUCUCAUUCCUGUUUCGUUUAAAAUUAAAAGGAAAAUAAUCCAUAAUCCAUUCUAUGUAUUCUAUACAGACGUAAAAAUACAUACGACAGUUAUUUUUACUCACUAUGUAUGCUAUAUAGGUGUACUAAUUGUUACACAUCAUCACAUUUCAAUGAAUUCAGAAAAUGUGAUUUCUUCCGGUGUGUAAGAAAUUCUCAAGGAACAUGUGCUUUGUCUCGAAUAGGUACAAAAUAAAUUGCCAUGAGAGCUGCACAAUCAAUUAAUUUAUUUGUUCAUUUUCAUUAGUAUUUGCAUAUUAGUCGCAUUGCGACACGUAGCAUUGCGAUGGAUUUCGAAAUGAGAUGUUACACUUAACCAUAUGUGGGUAGGUUUACUUUUUUUUUAAUGGAAAUUUUCCAUUUUGUUGUCAUUCAAUGUAAAGGAAAACCUCGUUUUUAAUUAAUGAACAUCCCCUUUAUGCUUUAGUCCCUGUUCACAGGAUUCUAUGCCACAUAAAACAUUCCUCUUUUGCUGUGCAAUUUUUAUUUUUUUUCUAUUUUUUAUUAAUAUAAUUUAUUUAUACUCUCAUGACCCACUUUUUAGGUGCUAUAAAAUAAAAAGAAAAGAAAAUACAAACGCAAAUACACACAACUAUAUAACACGAUUGCAAUUAAUCAAAUCAAAAAUAAUAAGAAAAAGAAAAGAAGAAAAGAGUUGAAUUGCAUUAUCACCAACCAAAUACAUCGCGUAAAAGAAAAAAAAGGCAGAUAGUGUACAGAAAGCAUGUUGUAAAUAUUUUUCAUUCAUUUCUCUUUCGCUUUUUUUUUCUCCCAAAAGAAAAUCAAGUGAAAAACAUUCCACCAGCAAGUGUGGUGAUUGCGUGAUUGCUUAAGUAUUCUUCAACUCAAAAUAAUUCCAUUUGAAUUAAAUUUAAAUGUAGGACAGAAUAAAACAUGAAAAGUAUUGAGAUGACCAACAUGUAGAAUUAAUUAUUGUAAUGUUUUUUUGUUUGUUUAUUAAAAGAAAAUUACAUUUAUGCUUUAUUCAAAGCAACGUUGCACUGAUUCUCAUUUUUUUUUAAAUUAAAAAUUGAAAGCCUUAGUGCAAAGUUAAUUUGAACAGAGUAUACCCUGCAAAAAGAAACGCUAAUAUAUACCAUGAAGUAUAACCUGCAGCAUUAACAACUUAUAGAAGAAUGAAAAAAAGUAGUAAAGAAAAUUAACUCACUCUAGUCGAUAAGAAAGUAAAUAUAAAAAGAAAAGAAAAAAAAAAGAACAUACAAACAAUUUUUAGAUCCUAUUCAUAAUUUGGUAAAUUAUGAGAAAAUUAUAUAAAAAAAAAUAAGAUAUUAUUUAUAAUUUAAACGCGUGUCUUGUAAAAUGCCGAAUGUAGAAAUUUUAGAUUUUUAUAUACCUUUAGGAAGUGAGAAAAAAUAUAAAUAUUGCGCUAAGUCAUUUUGACUAAAAGUAUUUGGAUGAAGCUUUUACUAAAUUAUUCUCUGUGUAUUUAUAAUUAUGUAAUUAAUACCUUCUGCAUUCCUGAUUUCUUUUUCUUCUAAAGAUGUGAGAGUAAAAAAUAAAAGGUUAACAAUUAAUAUAUUGAGAAAGAAAAUUCCAAUUUUAGGUUUUAUCGAGCAGACUUACUUUUGUGGCCAUAUUAUAAUAUUUCAGAAGAAAUUAAAAAAAAAUGAGGAAAAAAAUAA